AUGGUGGACAUGUACGCCACCACUGGACAGCAUGAUGAGGCCUCCUUCGGCAACCUGCCCAACCUGCCGUCCAGCCAGUCCGUUUGGGGCGUGGACUAUGACAGGGACUUCUCCAAGCUCCUGGACUCCAGCAUCCUGCAGCAGCUGGAGGACCUGCCGCGGGCCACCUCCGCCCCGCCGCACCUGCAGGAUCGCCUCCAGACGGCGUCCGUGGAUCCCGCCGGCAACAGGGCCGCCAGACUGACGCCCGCAGAGGCCUUUACCGACAUCCGCUACGACGAGGACUACGCGGCGUUCUACCAGCUGCACGCCGGCGAGCGCAAGCUGCCUCCGCCCGUGGACGGCAGCACGCUGUACACCGACCUGCAGAGCUACGUGCAGGCGCAGCAGCUGGCCAACAAGGACGUGUCGUCCCUCCUGCAGGUCACGGCGGGCUCGCGCCUGUCGGCCCUGGCGGGGACGUCCGCGCUGGCCGGUCAGCCGGGACUGCUCACCGGGGGCAUCGGAGUCGGAGGUCUGGAGACGGUGCAGGAGCAGAGGCCCAGUUCAGGGGCGGCCGUGCCCAACGAUGUCAUUCAGGCGCUCAGCCAGCUGACUUUGGCAGCAGGCUCUCCAGCACCCCAGAUCCAGCGCCCAUUGUCUGCGCAGGCCCUCCCUGGUGCAUUGGCAGCACCAGCGCCACACGGCACCCCGGGUCCCUUUGAUGCUUCCGCUCUUGGCGCUGCAACGGUGCGCAGCGCAUCCGCCUUUGCAGCUGUGAGCCUGGCCCCAACGCCUCCCCCUUUCACCACCCCUAGCCCGCCUCCGGCUAUGAACCCUGGAGUGUCAACUUCCAUGGGCCCGGGUCUUGUGGGUGCAAGUGGUAACUUCAGGCAGGUUGGAGGGGCCAUCCCAGCUGGUGGGGCCAUUCCAACAGGGGCACUUCCCACGGGAGGGUUACCUGGGGGUGGCAAUCCUCUCACAAGCUCCCUUGAGUAUCAGGCAGCGUAUCAGGCUGCAUACCAGGCUGCGCUGAUGCAGUCGCAGUCGAACUCGCUUCUUCUUGCACAGCAGCAACAGCAGGUGCAGCAGCAACAACAGCAGCAGCAAGUUCAACAGCAGCAGCAGCAACAGAGCAGACAACAGAUCCCAGGCCUUGCUGGAGGCUUGCCACUGGGAGGGCGCUUUGCAGGCCAGCCCGCCGACCCAAGUGUUGGUGUGGGGAAUGGCAUGCUAAUGAUGAAUCCUGCACAAAUGUCUGGGCUGCCUGGGUACUACAAUGGCGGCCCAGCAGCAGUGUCCGCUGCAGCCGCUGCCGCAGCCGCCGCAGCUGCUGCAGCUGCAGCCAAUGCAAAUAGAUUUGAGAAUACUGAGGGCAACUUCGAAAAGGACGACAGGAGGGGUAGGCAGUUUGGAAGGAGGGGGAAGGACCACCACUAUGACAGGCCCAGGGAUAGGGACCAUCACUUUGAUUGCUAUGACAGCAGCCAGUACACCUACCGCUUCCAGAACCUGGAGGAGGUGGUUGGUCAGGUUAUGCAGGUCGCGCAAGAUCAGAAUGGGUGCCGCUUUCUGCAGAGAAAGUUCGACGAAGGGGGUGCGUCUGCUGUGGCUGUCGUGUUCACAGAAAUACAGGAGAAUAUUGUUGAGCUGAUGAUGGAUCCGUUUGGCAACUACUUGGUUCAGAAACUGUUGGAUCGCUGCUCCGAUGAGCAGCGCUUGAAGAUUGUGCAAGCAGUUGCAGAACGAGGGGAGCUGGUUGAUGUUGCACUAAGUACCCAUGGAACUCGAGCAGUCCAGAAGCUGAUCGAGACGCUGUCGUCGAAGGAGCAGAAGCAGCUGAUCAUCGAAGCUUUGAAACCGGGAGUUGUGGCACUCAUAAAGGACCUCAAUGGCAACCAUGUGGUCCAGAGGUGCCUGCAACGGCUUGGGCCAGAAGACUGCCAGUUCAUUUACGACGCAGCUGGUGGAUAUUGUGUUGAAGUCGCCUCCCAUCGCCAUGGAUGCUGUGUGUUGCAGCGGUGCAUCGACUUUGCCACGAAUUCCCAGCGUCAACGCCUUGUGGAGGAGAUCGCCAGGAAUGCACUCGUGCUGAGCCAGGAUGCUUUUGGCAACUACGUAGUGCAGUACGUUCUGGAGCUCAAUCGCCUGGAGGCAAGCCAGGCGAUCAUGAUGAUGCUGCAGGGUCACUAUGCUGAGCUGGCUAUGCAAAAGUUCAGUUCCAAUGUCGUGGAGAAGUGCCUGAAGCUCAGCGGCCUGGAUGACGCCAGGGAGCGCAUAGUGCGGGAGGUGAUGCUGUCCCCCACCCUGCCAAGGCUGCUGCAGGACCCGUAUGGCAACUAUGUCAUCCAGAGCGCCCUGACCGUCACAAGUGGACAGCUGCACCAGGCCCUUGUGGACUGCAUCCGACCGUACCUGCCUUCCCUCCGCGGGACUCCCCAUGGCAAGAGAAUCCUCCAGAAGGUGCUAACAUCAUUAAAGGACCCUUUUCGCGCAGAGUUUUAG